AUAUAUCAGAUUUCCUUGCAAAACUUAGAUUAUACUUGCAAAACCAAAGAGUAAAUCCAGCAGAUAAUGCAGGAGGUCCACCAACAGGAAGAGAAGUAGCUAUAGGAUAUUUAAGAGGAUGGCAGGCCAACUUAGUAGCUGUAAAUAGAAGAACAGCAGUUCAAAUAGGAAAUCAAGCAUUGAAUAAGGCAUUUGGCCAACCUGGUGGUCAUCCUACUAACAUUGCUGUUAAUGUACCAAAUGCUAAUAAUGAUACUACAGUAGUUCAAGCAGUUGCUCAAAAAGCACAAGCACCAGCUUUACAAAUUGUUGAACCAGUUAGACAGCCAAGAGGUUCACCAUCUUCAUUACAAACAAAAAAAGGUAUAGAAAAUUAUAACUUAACACAAUAUUUACAUAAUUUAGAUAUAUUUAGUACAGAAGAUUUUGACAGAAAUUUUUCUAUAAAGCCUUUUCAAAAACCUUAUCCAGGACAAUUAUAUUCAUCAAUCAAAAUGCUAGAAUAG